AUGGCACCUGAAAAUCAGCCAACAAUAGGUCCUCCAAUUUUUAUCGGCGAGAAUUAUCACAUUUGGGCCAUCAAGAUGAAGGCUUAUCUAAAGGCUCUCAAUUUAUGGGAAGUUGUUGAGAGAGGAGAACCUGUUGUCCAACCUUUGAGAGUUAAUGCAACUCUCAAUGAAAUUAAAAAGUAUGAUGAGUUGGUGACUAGAUCUCCAAGAGCUCUCACUUGCAUACAUUCAAUCCUUACAGAAGUGAUGUUUACAAGAAUUAUGGCUUGUGAAACAGCUAAAGAGGCCUGGGAUAAGUUAAAGGAGGAGUUUGAAGGCAAUAACAGAGUAAAGUCUGUUAGGGUUUUUACUUUGAAGAGGGAGUUUGAGCUUUUGAAGAUGAAGGACUCAGAUAGUGUGAAAGAAUACUCUUCCAAGCUAAUGGAGAUUGUGAACCAAAUACGGAUACUUGGUGAAGACUUCCUAGACCAGAAAGUUAUAGAAAAAAUCUUGGUUAGCCUUCCAGAUAAGUUUGAAUCGAAAAUCUCAGCUAUUGAAGAGUCUCGUGACUUGACUACUUUUACAAUAGCUGAAUUGAUCUCCAAAUUGCAAGUCCAAGAGCAAAAGGUAACUAUGAGAAGUGAAGGGAUAGUAGAAGAUGCCUUUCAAGUAAGGCAUAAAUUCAGGCAGCGGAAGGAAGCCAGAAAAGCCUCCUUAGAUAACUCUAGAGAGGUAAACUCUGGUGAAAACCAAGGUGAUUCGUCAAGAAAAGGAAAAUUUCCACCUUGUGGUAUUUCUAAGAAGACAAACCACUUAGAGAAGAAUUGUUGGCAGAAGCCAAAAAGGCCUCCAGUUCAAUGUAGAUAUUGUAAAAGGUAUGGGCACAUCGAGAGAAAUUGCAGCCAAAAGCAAAAUCAAAGUGGUCAAUCUUCCCAACGAGCAAAUUUCGCGGAUGAUCACUAA